AUGCCCGUAUUUGAAGUGCGCGAGACUGGGGAUGAUGCUUUUGGUUUGUGGGGUGCAUGGAUGGAUGCGAAGCGUAUAGAGGAUAUGUGGGGUGGCGCGGAAGAAGUACUGGAGGGGGAGGAGAGGGUAUAG